CUGUCCUCGCUUUCUUUUGGGUUAGUAGGCUAGUCCGUGCAGACAGCUGGAAAAAUCCCAUGCAGGCUCCGAGGACACACUUCUCUCUGUCACGUGUAGCAGCUCUUUGUAAAGGUUAACGCGGCUGUGCAGCCCUCCUUAACCCUUUAGUGGCCCGUAGGCUCGUAUUAGUCUGAAGCAAGCACAAUACAAACCGGAGCACACCGACACGCGUGAUCGAGGCAUGAUCGCGUGGAUACGCGCGGACGCUCGGCUCUGCUUGUCUCUCCUUUGUUUACAACCCCGGCUCGGACUGAUGGGAGCCAGCGUGGAUCGCGUUUGAGGAAUGGUGAAGUUCACGGGCUCCGAUGAGUGCAGCCGAGUGCGAGGCUUACAUCUUGCAGUCAACUGCAGAGAGAACAGAGAAAGACGGAGGGAGGGAGAGCGGCGCUCCCCAAGAGACUGACACGCUGAGGUAGACAGUCCGACCUACAUCCUGCUGUUUACGUGGAGAUCUGGGACACCUUCUUGCCAGUUUAGCUCCGUGUGCUCUAUGCUAAACCUUUAACAACCAACUAAAGCAAGAAUUUGGGAAGAAAAAGAGGGAACUAAAGGACUGAUCUGAACUGCUUUGGGUCUGUAGUACUCCGAGGAGCUCGGACACUGAAUUUAUAACCCUUCAAGUGGAUAAAUGUGGGUUGCUAAUGCUGAGCUACAGUUGUUCUUUAUCUUUUUGGCUAAUUUGGACACUUGACUGUUUACCUGGCAUAAGUAUACCACAUCUACAAUAACUAGACCCAGAGCCUUGGGAGACCAGUUGUUUUCAUCACUACCCCAACCUCCCCCCACCCCCACCUUUAACCUCUGGCCUAAUUCUUCACUCAGUUCACCCAGCAACAUUUCAAACUGGCUGCCUCUCGACAAAAAUGGAAAAUCUAACAUCGGCUCUCAAAACGUUAAACAAAAACUCAGGGAAUAACCUAAACUGCCUUGAGACCUUCAGCGGUUAUGAAGAGUCUCUGCCUUCUAUCCAAGGGACUCCAACUCGUAUGGGGCGUCUCAUCAAACCCAAGCCCAACAUGAGCUGCAGGCGAAAGCGGGAGUUCAUUUCCGAUGAGAAAAAGGACGCCUCCUACUGGGAGAAGCGCCGUAAAAACAACGAGGCCGCCAAGCGCUCCCGGGAGAAGCGGCGUCUCAAUGAUAUGGUUCUGGAGAACCGCGUCAUUGCACUGAACGAUGAGAAUGUGAGGCUCAAGACAGAGCUGCUCCAGCUGAAGCUGCGCUUCGGCUUAAUAAGCACUGCCUCCUACAUUGAAAAGAGUCAACAAAUCAGUGCGGGUAGCAAUGCAGGAAAUGGAGGUUCCUCCUCCUCCUCAACUCAGUACUACUCCAGUGGUUACUCUAGUGGUUCUCAGGUGAUGGUGAACUCUGACUCCUCUGAAACGGAGCAGUCGGGACGCAGUGAAGGCCACAGGCAGCUGGUGAAAUACUCUCCACGUGGUUCCCUCUCUGACAUGUCUGAUGGCUCCUCCAGGGACAGCCCAGAGCCAAUCCCCUUUGAGAUCAAGCAGGAAGGUGACAGGCUGGAGAUGGACAUCGCCAACGGCACCACCACCCAGAUCAUGUUUAACAUCCACCGUGGACUGGCCUCUGUGCCCACCCACCACCAGAUCCAGCAGCAUUCUCAGGAGUUAGAGGCUACAUAUCACAGCCAAGAGCAGCAGCAGCACCACCUUCACCAACAGCCCCAACCCCAUCAGGAGCCCGUUACUUCUAUCAACACUGUCAGCCAGGCCGCCUCUCAUCCGCCUGCUGCCCAGAGGAGCGUCAUUCUGUACGGUGCCAGCAGUGCCUCUUAUCCCGUGGACUCCUUGACCAGGACGCAGGAUGCCGAGCUGCUGAACGUGCAGAAGCAGGGCAGCACCGGCAGCCAAGUGUGUGCUAGCCAACAGCCCAUUACAGAGAGCUCCACGGAAACAGUGGCCGAGGUGAUGAAGCAGCUUGAGAGGAAGACAUUAGAUUCCCCUCCGUAUGAGCUCUCAGACUGCCGUAAUGAGGCUAGAGAGAGACAGGUGUACCGUGUUUGCCAACUCCCCCAGCAGCAACUGCAGCAGGAGCAGCAUCAGGAGAGCGAUUCAUCUGCGGAGCUCCACCACAAACAAGUGGAGGGUGUCAGCCACUCACACUUGUACCACCAUCUCCAGCAGCCUCACUCAUACCUCAGCACACAAGACGAGGAGCCACCUGUUCUUACUUAUGAGGGCGGGCCCAGGCAUGAGGCUUAUUACAAAGGCCAAUCAACCUCCUCUUGUAAGGAGGCCACAUCCAGUGAAGGAGAUCCUUGCAGUCCAGAAAAAGAGGCAUCCACAGACGACGAUGAGCUUCCCUCCUCGUUGUGCUCAGAAAUGGGCAGCUUCCACAACUCGCAUCUUACCAUCCACCAACCUGCCUCGCCUCUGCCCUCCUCCCAGGGCCCUCAGGCUCAGUGCUGGGACCCUCAGGGGGAGGUGAGGGGAACCGCUUUGCCCCACAAACUGAGACUCAAACACCGGGCCAUGAGCACCGGCAGCAGCAGCAGUAGCGGCAGCAACUGCUCCGGCCAAGAGUCCCCAACCACCCCUCCCUCCGCCACGCCGCCACCUCUCCCCCAGCAUCCCUACUUGUCCCUGACGCCCCCACAAAACAUUAAGCAAGAGAGCUCAGGCGGAGGUUGUAAACAGGCAGCCUCAGGGGAGGGGGCCAGGAAGGAGGGUGGAAAAAAGGAGACAGGUGGACGAAGGAACAAGAGGCGCGAUUAGGUGACAUGGACUUUUAGUUGAAGUCGUUAUGACAACUUCAAUGACUCAAAGACACAAUUUCUCAUCGAAGAACUACCCUGCCAUCAUGCCUUUUGCCCUAUGAUUGACUCACCCCUUUUCAGCCCUCGGGACAGGAAACUUAGCUUUUCUACUCCACUCCCACCCAACGAGGCUGAUCAUCUUGUAGGGCUGUAUUAUAUUUGUAUAUAUUGUACAGAGUUGUCAUUUCUUACAUCCUCUCCAUACUUACAGAUGCACUUUUGUUUAUGUGAUGAGAAGAGGAAUGGAACUGUCCACUUUUUCUACUUUUGUCAUCCAACAAUAUACAGUUGAGUACAUCAGUGAAAGCACAUUUUGAUAACAAAAACACAAAUAAAGAAUGUAGAAAAAUAAACGCUUCAGGCUUUAUCAGUGCUAAAAUUUUGGUACAUAUCCGACUGUAGAGGAGCAUACACGUGUAUGGCUAUCUGCCUUAAUUAAAAUCAAAUGCAAACAUACACUGGGGACAUUCCCUCGACCAAAGAAGCACCAACAAUACUAUCAAUAAGAAGUUCCAUACCUCUUCCCAGACCCUACCUCUACCACCCCAUGCUUUCCCCAGUCAUCUCCAUUAUUUCUCAAAAGAUCACCAUCACCUUUAUUUUUUAAGCACUUGGUUUGUAUAGUACUGUGAUAUAUGAAUAUAUGUAUCUAUUUUAAACAUAUAUUUUACAAAACAAAUUUGAAU